GGCGUUGGCCGGACACAGUCUAGCGUCGCCUUGUCCUCAGUGCACUAGUGCCGUAGUGACCGAACGAUCGAUCAGGAUGGCAGCCCGCCGAGCCUCCGCGAAGUGCGUGUCCGUCUUACUCGUGGUGGUGGUGAUGGUGUCCGGCAGUGCCAGCGCCAGGAUUGCGCUCCCGACUUCGGAUUACAACAACCUGGAUAUUUCAUCGCACCCGUCAGAGCAGCAGCUCGACGCACCGUCGGCGUCCACGCCGCCGCCCUCCACGGCCUCCGACAGCGCCGAGCAGUCGGUCGGCGAGGACGCCGGCGUGCUGCUGCCGUGGACGGUGGGCGCGGUGCGCAUGCUCCGCCGCGUCUACCUCGAGUGCCGUGAUGACGACCUGAGCUCGUGCCUCAAGGUGCAGAUGGUUCGGGCCAUGGACAGGGUAGCACGAUCCACCCGCAAGGUGGCACUCGCCGCCGGCGUCACCCUGGAGCGCGACGCGGACGCACCCGAGCAGCCGACGGCCAGCGCCACCACCGCCGACGACCUGGAGCACUCGCUGCCCAGGUCGCUGCCCGAGCGAGAGCGCUCUCUGGACAAGCUCAUCCUGGAGAGGCUCUACGGCUUCCUCCAGAACUACUCGCUGCGCUUUAAGCUGCCCUCCAUCGCCGAGCUUGGAGGCGCCGUUGGGGAGGACGCUCGCCGUCGGCGCCCGCCCCUCAAUGGCCUCAUGGGCCUGGGCAUGCUCCUGGCCGGCUCGCUGCUCCCCAUGAAGUUCGGCAUGCUCGCCAUGCUCGCCGGCAAGGCCCUCAUGCUGUCCAAGCUCGCCCUGCUCAUCUCCGCGCUCAUGGCGAUGCGCAACAUGGGGUCGGGAGGGGGCUCCUCCGGCGGCACCGCCCACCACUGACGACCAGAAUUUU